AGUACAAAGGCAGAUUCUGAUUUGGGUUUUUUUUUUACUAACUACUUCCUUCUUUAUAAAUCACUGUUGCAUUUCCUCAUUCUCAGAGACAUAACAGUACUCAGACUUUAGGAAAAGCGAGAGACAAGCUUAUCACUGCACGUUUAUAUAUCAAUAAUCUCAGAUACACCAAAAACUCAAUAUUUUUAAUACUGCUUCGAGAGCUGCACAAGGAAACAACGGGGAACAAAACUCUCUCAGGACUCAACUCUGAGUUAAUGACUACACAGCUGGACAAACACACAUAACAGAGUCACAGCUCGAGAAAACCAGACGAGAAGAGGCAUACAGGUUUGACUGACUUCUGGACGAUGUCUACGAACCCCAGAGUUGUUCACAAAAGGAGGGAGACGAUCACAGCUCUGCCUCUCUACCACUCUGGACACCUGCUGAAGAAACUCACCAAAGAGAAGGAUUUCAAGAGAUUCUAUGGAGAACUUCGUGGAGCGACGCUGUUUCUGUACAAAGACGACACACAGGAUACAUACACGGAGAAGGUGGACUUGGAGCAGCUGAAGUCCAUGGAGUUAGACUCUUCUUAUAAAAAGAAGGAACCAACCAUCUUCACCCUCAGUCUGAGCACAGAGGAGCUGCAGCUGAAGAUGGACAAUCCUGACACAGGAGAGGUGUGGAGGGGCUUCAUCCUGACUGUGGGCAAAAAGGAGAUUCCCAGUAAGCUGCAGCUGUUGCCAGGUCAGAUGAUGCAGCUGAAGGAGACUCUGAACCAGGAGAGGAAAAGAAAUCCUAAAUUGUGUCGCGCCCCGACUCUUCCACCUCGACCAUCCUUCCUGCAGCCCUCAGGUUCAGGCAAUAACUCCCCUUCACCGUCCGAAGAGAAGUCGGCCCCUGAGCUUCCUGCGUGUUUCUUCGAUGUGACUCGACAGGAGGCUGAGAAGAUGCUGAAGGAGAAUCCGGAGAAUGGAAGCAUCAUCCUCCGCCCGUCCACCCUGGCCCACAACUACGCCCUGACACUCAAACAGCACACACCCAGUGGGCCCGCGGUAAAGAACUACAGAUUGACCUCCACAAACUCAGGGUUUGUCAUUGAACUGGAAACACCAGUGACAGUUUCCUCAUUGAAUGACGUACUUAAAUACUUCCUUGAAAAGACAGGGUACCAUCUUCAUCCCUACGUUGUGUCUCAGCCCUACGACACUCGCAUCGAAGCAUCACCUGCUCCAAAAUGCAUCAGCAUCACCUCACCUACACCUAAACAAGUGCCCAAGGCACAAGUAGCACCGAUGAUACGUUCAAAGACCAAAGAGGAGCUUCAGCCUCCUCCAGAACCCGAGGACAAUGACUACGUGGUUCCUGAUGAUGGCGACCUAAAGUUUGUAAACUUGGAGAGUGAGCUUAAGGGAGUUUUAAAGCUACGGAGACAAAACUUCUACGCUGAAUGUGGCCAGAAAGAAGCUGCCAACUAUGAGAAUCAAACCAAAAGAAAGACUCUCUCCAACACGAUGGAAUGGACUACAAAAAAUUCAACAAUGUGAGGAACUCAGCUUUCUGCUUUUGCUCAAGUUUGCUAAUUACAUGUGAAACCUUUAAAUACAGUUCAGAAAUCAUGUUUCCCAGUGGAUUUGACUUCAUUCCGCCUCUGCAAGUGCUGCAAAAAUCUCCCUAAUGUGCUCUGAACAAAGUUUAAAAAAAAUAUGCAGCAAAUAAAUUACAAAAGAAAAAAACUUCUCAUUACUUUAAAGCAGAAAUCUUAGACUGAAGUUAUGUGGGUGUCGCUGACCAGGAUCUUUUUUUAGAAGACUGCUUUAAUGCUAUCUCGGAAAAAUAAGGCCAAAUAUCUAUAACAUCUAUAUAUAAACAAAGAUUUGGGGCGCAGCCUGCGUAAUAGCAUACAAUAGCAAGUUCAGUUUUUACCUGAUGAUGGCACCACAUGAAAUUGAUCCCAGCUGAUGCUUCUGAAGCCAUGAGUUCAUGCAACAAACAUUUCUGAAAUUCAGCACCAGCUGUUUAGACAUGUCAAUAAAUGGAAGAAUUUCAAUCUAUUGGUACCUGAGGAGAAGUUAGAGGAAAAACAAUCUGACUCAUGUAUGACAGAUUGAUAACUGAAAAAAGGGAGCACUUUGGUGCUGGAGGACAUGAGAAUAGUUAGCAAAAGUAAUUCUAACUUAACUUCUGUUGCAAUUUUAGUCUGGGCCAAAGCUGGGGGUCAACACACAGAAACCAUGACACUCACAUGGUUUGAUUCUAACGUUUAGAGACAGUUGUUAAAUAUUCUUAUGACCAGAUCUGUCAUCACUUUAGGAGCACAAUUUUAAAAAGCCUGAACAAGUUAGAGGGACUUUCACUUUGCAAGGGCGAAACGUUAACAGUGAAAUUCCUUGAGUCGUUAUCAAGUUCUUAAUGAACGAAUGUUUACAUAAAACUGCAUUAUCGCCUUUUAAUCAUGCUUCACUGUUGCACAUUUUUGUGUCUAAAUGAUAACACAGAUAAGAGCUCAGGAGCUUUUUGCUUUGGACUUUAUGACUCAGUGUCAGUAUGAUUUCAAUUCCAGCUGCAGCUUACAUUUAUUUUCACAAUUUGUUGAUUUAAAAGUGAGAAAAUAAGAGUUUCCAAGUAACCAAAGUGAUGCCUUUUAAAUUGUUUUCAGUAGUAAGUCCAAAAAUAGCACAACAAAGAAAUACUCACAUUUGGGAAAACAAUUGAUUGGUCACAAAAAAGUCUAUUUUUUUAAGCUUCAUCUACACGUGAUAUCUGUUUUUUGCUUUUGUUUUCAGUGUUUGUGGUUUAAAAGUGUGAAAUUGAAUGUGACAGCUGGUUAUUGUGCACAAAGCUGUGUUUCUUUCUAGAAAGACAAUUGCAGGAGUGUCUUGUAUUACUAAGUGUAGUUUGGAUCAGCUGCUAUUUGAUGUCAAAGGAAAAAAAUCACCAGAGAAAAAAUGAAACAAUAAAACCUUUCCAUCAUCGCUUAGAGCAGAUGAGCUAAGGAAGGUAUGUCUAUGAAUACAUGCUCAGUUAGUCAAAAGAACACAUUAUCUAUUAAUCAGUGUGUGUAUCGUUGCGUUACUUGCUUUUCUUCAUUAGUAAAGAAAAAAGCACAAUCCAGUAUGAUCAUUAUUCUUUAUUUUUCACACGUAGGAGUAAGCCAACAUAAAUGUUUCAAAUGUUAUAAUCAUAUUUUUAUUUAAGUUAUUCCAUUAAGAUUGUAUUUUGUUGUUUUUCAUCAUCACAGAUCAUGUUAUAGGUUUAAAGUUUAAGGAUCAUUCAUCACUCAAUAAAGACAGCAAGACUGUGAAAAAUAUUCAAUAAAAAAGACAAAGACUCUC